GGGAGCACUCCAAUGGAGCUUAUGUCCUCAGGUUCUCAAUCAGCUGGGGAUGAUAGGGAUUUCAAAAUGGUGACUUAUGUGAAGGGCCUUUAUGCUCUUAAUGAUGCUUUUGCUGAUCCCGUAUCUACCGAGAUUGAGGCAAAAUUUGACGCUUGGAUUGGUGAAGGAUUGCUUAAACAUCCUAGGCAUUAUAAUUGUUAUGAAGACGGCGCAAAGAAAUUUACCCCGGGUUUUAGGCUAGGUGUUGAUUAUGUUGAGGAUAAAACUUGGUUUUAUCAUUUGGCAACAUGCGACAUGUUUAUGAACGACUCGCAUAUGAACACCAUAUUCUAUUACCUUCGGAAAAAAGGUAAGUAUUCUUCCGCUGUGACGUUGAAUUUCGCAACUACUGAUUGUCUUUUUGAUGAUUCCAUCCAAGCAUUGUACCACAAAUUUAACAAGGCCAAGUCAAUGAAGACUAAGAUGUCACACAUUCACGCUGCCCACCCAAUAGCGCAUUACAUCUGAGGUAUGCGCAUUCCCUGUUCUAAGCCUUGGUAUGAAGCCGAUCAUGUGCUAUUCAUCAUCAAUUUAAGAAGGGAAAGUCAUUGGGUUUUUGGGCGUCUUGACUUGAACGAAGGGACGUUGUUUCUGUACAAUUCUUUGAGGACCGCGAAGAUGAAUGCCGCAGCUAGGAAUGCGAUGAAGGCUUAUUCCGUGUUGCU